AAACCACCCUCUCCCCUUCUCUUACCACCACCUCUAACCUCUUAUCAACCAUGGGUUGCUAGUUUUUUUUCCAUUCUAAAAUGGUUUAGAUGGUGUAAUUUUAAUUCUAUCGGUUUUUUAUUGUAACUUUAUACUGUUGUUCUUGCUUCUUGCUAGUUUUUUUCUUUUUGCACUUCUCUAAUAAAGUUUUCUUUGUUGCGGCUCAUCGGUUUUCCAUUAUAACCUUAUAUUUUUCUCUGGCUUCUUGCUAGUUUUUUUUUUCUAAUAAAGUUUUCUUUGUCGCGGUUAAAAUAAAAAAAAAAACAUGGGUUGCCCAUGCGAUUGGCCUGAACCCGUGGUUCGGGUGCAAUCUUUAUCCGAAAACGGGGAAUCAAUAAUUCCCGAAAGAUACAUCAAGCCGCCAUCAGAUCGACCUACGCUUAAUAACUCAUCUCUUUCGGACAUAAACAUACCACUUGUAGACUUGUCUGGACUCACGGACGGUGAUCUCACUGUCCGUGAAUCAACGAAGAACCAAAUCUCCAUCGCAUGCCGCGAGUGGGGGUUUUUCCAGGUGAUUAAUCAUGGUUUGAAGGCGGAGCUAGUUGACGGAGUAAGGGAGAUUUGGCGCGAGUUUUUUCAUGAGCCGAUGGAGGUGAAGCAAAAAUACGCGAAUUUACCGUUAACUUAUGAAGGUUAUGGAAGCCGGUUAGGGCUUCAAAAGGGAGCAAUACUUGAUUGGAGUGAUUAUUAUUUUCUUCACUAUCUUCCUUCUUCGUUAAAGGAUCACCGUAAAUGGCCUGAUAAGCCAUCUUCUUUAAGGGAACUUGUGGAAGAAUACUCGAAGGAGAUAGUGCGGUUGGGUAACUCUUUGUUAGAGGUAUUUUCGAUUAACCUUGGAUUACGACGUGAUUAUCUUCAAAACAAGUUCGGUGGAGAGGACAUUGGGGCUUGUUUGAGGGUAAACUUUUAUCCGAAAUGCCCACAACCCGACUUAACCCUAGGUCUUUCGUCUCAUUCGGAUCCUGGCGGCAUCACCUUCCUCCUCCCCGAUGAGAACGUUAGCGGGCUUCAAGUCCGACGAAACGAAGAAUGGAUUACAGUAAAACCGGUUCGGCAUGGGAUCAUAGUCAAUAUAGGGGAUCAAAUUCAGGUUAUAAGCAACGCUAUAUACAAGAGUGUAGAACACAGGGUGAUAGUGAAUCCAAACAAAGAGCGAGUGUCGUUGGCGUAUUUCUAUAACCCAAAGAGUGAUUUGCUUAUUCAUCCAGCGCCGGAGCUCUUAACACCCGAGGCACCUUCUCUCUACCCCUCCAUGACUUUUGAUGAAUACCGACUUUUCAUACGAACUAGAGGUCCACAAGGAAAAUCCCAAGUCGAGUCUUUAAAAUCACCAAGAUGACCUCUUAUGUUAUAAAGUAGAGUAAAUGCGUAUAGAGAAAGUUUUAGAUGUCUUGCUGUGUCAACCUUGCUUGUUUUGUCAAGUACCUUUAAGUCCACAAACAAAUUCAUUAAUCUUUUUAUGAGUAUAUAUGUAAGUUAGAAGAGUUUGUAUGAGCCAAUAUAUGAGAAACUUAUUUUUCAAUUAGACUA